AUGAACACAGAAGGCUCCAACCUUACCAGCCCCCAGGUCUUCCUCACAGUUCCGGUCACUCCUGGGACUCUUGUGGAGGUGGCUGGCCCUCUCCCUGUGCUCAUUGCCCUGGCCUGCAUCUUCCUGCUGUUGGCCUCCUGCCUGCUGUUCAUGAUACUCUGCAAGCCAGCUGCGCUGGACCCAGGCCGCCAUAGGGCCCGUGAGUGCCUGCCGCACCACCCGGCCAGCCCCAGCGAGCCCCAGCUCAGGCUCUGGAAGCGUCUGGGCUCCUUGCGCUGCUCCUUGCACAGCUUCCGCCGCAGCUGGCCUGCUGCCCCGCGACGCCCCCUGCCGGGUGGCUGGGAAUGCACAGAAUCCACCAAGAUGUGACAGGGUAUUCAUGCACAGGCCUGUUCCUG